AAUUUAGGCAAUAAAUGAGCUCUUCGCCCGACAAGAAGACCUCUUCUCCCUCUCUCUCUCUCUCUCUGGAACACAAGCGAGAAAAGGGACUCAGCGCCGAGAUGAACAAACAAGCUUUCUUCACCAUCCUUGUACUUCUGGCUUGUUGUGUGGCUCUCAUGCCAGGAAUGCCCACGAGCCGGGGUCGCUGUUCGUGCAGAACAUGGAGAAAUUAUGUGAAUGAGAAGCGUAUAGUUACCGAAAAAUCUGUGUACCACGAGCCAAGCGGCCUCUGUAGUCAAGAGGAACUGAUAGUGACGCUUAGAGAUAACAGGAGAGUUUGUCUGAAUCUGAACAAGGACCAAGGCAGGAGAAUUAAAGAGGGACUUCUGAACAAAAAUAAGACCAAAUAAUGAAGUUCAAGCUGAACUUUUGAAGUUCAUUGAAGUUCACUGAACUUAUUGACAUGUAAUCAGCUUAUGGAGGACUCAUAACCUGUGACAAACAAACUGGGAACCUCUGAUCCAACAGCGUUAUAUGAAUUGAGAAGGAAACCCGAGGACUUCCCGUAGCGAUUUAUUUUUUAAAAAUGAGUAUAAGAGCUAUGUAAUGAGACAAAAUGCCUGUGAUUUUGUUUUUGACAUUUCUGACCACAGAAGGUCUUCCUUCUUCCAAAUCAAACCAGCUAUGGCAAUGUUAAAUUGGCACACCUCACUCCUGAAUGUUUUAUGCUUGUUGCACCCAAUACAGAUAGUCCUCGACUUAUGACCACAAUUGAGUCCCAAAUACUAACUCAACGGCUAAGCAAGACCGCUAAAAGUGAGCUUUGCUCCGUUUUAAAACCUUUCUUGGCCCAGUUCCUAAGUAAAUCACUGCGGCUGUUAAGUUAGUAACACGGUCGUUAAGUGAGUCUGUUUUCCCCCUUGACUUUGCUUGUCAGAAGGCCACAAGAGAGGAUCGCACCCCCCUGGGGCGUUGCAACUGUCAUAAAUACAUGUCAGUUGCCAAGCAUUUGAAUGUUGAUCAUGUGACAUAAGGAUGCUACAACGGUUGUAAGUGCCGUUGUAGUGCCAUUGUAACUUCAAACAGUCACUAAAUGAAUGGUUGUUAAGUCAAGGACCACCUGUAUUUUAUCUUUGUUAUACCAUGAUAAGCUUCCUUUCCAAAUCAUGAAUUGUGUUUGUUGCAAUGUUGCAUCCCAAGCUUCACCGUUUUUAGUAGCAUUGCAAUUUUGCGUGCAACUACGUAAAUCACAGAAUUUAAUUCAUCAUGACACUAACACACCAUAUCUCUCACUGAGUCCAUAGGCGUGGACACCUAUGUAUACAAUCUCUUAUAACUAAAGAGUAUAUUUCCUCAAUAUUUCAAUAAAUUUCAAUAUUUCAAUA